AUGCUAUUCAGUGAUAAAACAACAGGGAAAGCUUACUAUAACUUAAAUGUGUUGGUUCCUAAAAUCAUCUGCUUCUUAAUCGUCAUCUCGCUUAUUGUCUUCGUGUUCAGCUAUUAUUUGCAAAUUAGAAUCAAAACGGUUGAACGAAAGCGUAAUUCGGUGAUGGAAUUCGAGCCAGCACUGUGGCGGGAAGACAUUGAUUCGGCCAUUCAAGCUGCACAAGAACAACGGUCCGCCACCGAAACAACGCAUUGCGGUGGAUUUUGGGCGAGACGAUCGAGGAGACGGUUGGGUAAAUUAUUUUUUCGCUUUGGAAGACUUCUACCCGACGAGCCACCACCACUCGAUUUGGCACCGAAAACGAGACGAAGAGCGAAAGGCAGUGGACAACUCGUU